AAUUUAGAAAAUAAGCCUGCAGUUGAUUUCAUAGUUGUGGAAGAUCAACAGUUGUCAGUGUGAUGAGUAAUUGGUGUAGUUGUCUGGUACAUUACUACAAUUGUAGUUUCUUAUGUAUACUAUAACAUGCAGGCUACACAGGCAGUAAUUGUGCAUUCUUAAAAGGGUAGAGAGAUUAAGAUAAUGACAAACGCACUUUAUCUUUGAGUCUAAAGCAAAUAAUGAUCACGGAUCGCAGGCAAGUAAGGAGGAGCAGAGGGUGAUGGUGCGAUGGCGUCGAGGCGCGUGACGCGCAAGUGGGAGGUGUUCGCGGGGCGCAACCGGUUCUGGUGCGACGGACGGCUCAUGACGGCGCCCCACCCCGGCGUGUUCCUGCUGACGCUGGCGCUGGUGUGCGGCACCACGGCGCUGCACUUCGCCGUGGACUGCCCGUACCUGGCGGCCAGCGUGUCGCCGGCGCUGCCGGCCGCCGGCGCCGCGCUGUUCCUGCUGACGCUGUCGGCGCUGCUGCGCACGGCGCUGUCGGACCCCGGCAUCAUCCCGCGCGCGGCGCAGGCCGAGGCGGCGGCGCUGGAGCCGCCCGACGCCGCCCGGCCGCCGCCGCGCGCGCGCGAGGUGCUGGUCAAGGGCCGCCCCGUCAAGCUCAAGUACUGCUUCACCUGCAAGAUGUUCCGCCCGCCGCGCGCCAGCCACUGCUCGCUGUGCGACAACUGCGUGGACCGCUUCGACCACCACUGCCCCUGGGUGGGCAACUGCGUGGGCAAGCGCAACUACCGCUACUUCUACACGUUCAUCGUGUCGCUGUCCUUCCUGGCCGUGUUCGUGUUCGCGUGCGCUGUCACGCACCUGGUGCUGCUGGCGCGCAGCGCGGGCGGCAGCGGCGGGGGCCUGGCCGCCGCGCUGCGCACCUCGCCCGCCUCGGCCGUCGUGGCCGCCGUGUGCUUCCUCUCCGUGUGGUCGGUGCUGGGCCUGGCCGGUUUCCACACGUACCUGGCCUCCACCGACCAGACCACCAACGAGGACAUCAAGGGCUCGUUCUCGACGCGGCGCGGCGUGUCCAACCCCAACCCGUACUCCCGCGGCAACGCCUGCGCGAACUGCUGGCACGUGCUGUGCGGCCCGCUGGCGCCCAGCCUCAUCGACAGGCGCGGCGUGUUCACCAUCGACGUGAAGGACGAGCUGCCGCCCAGCUUCGUGUCGGCGCUGACCGUGGCGCCCGCGGCCGCCCCGCCGAUCGCGCCCCCGCAGCCCCCGGGCCCCCCCUCGCCGGCCGCCGCGGUGCAGGGCAGCUACACUAACCUGUUCGACGGCGGCGGCGCACGCCACGCCUACAUGAACCACAGCCUGGACCUGGACCCCAUGCCGCUGCAGGAGGUGUGCAUCAACGUGGGCGGGCUGGCGGGCGCGGGCGACGCCACGCUGAGCGCGUCGCGGCUGCGGCUGCUGCACGACACCACCAUGAUCGACGCGGCGCUGGACCUGGACGAGCCCGAGCCGCCGCCGCACCUGCCGCCGCCCGCCUCCCCGCCGCCCGCGACCCCGCCCCCGCGGCCGCUGUGA